AGUUACUGAGAAAUCACAAGGCAAAGCCAAAAUCCCUCUUCAGAUCCACAGCCAACUGCUCUGAACACAUCCUGCAAAAAGUCCGGAGGAAGGAGAGUCAUGGAUUAUUACAGAAAAUAUGCAGCUGUCAUUCUAGCCAUACUCUUUGUGUUUCUGCAUAUUCUCCAUUCUUUUCCUGAUGGAGAGUUUACAAUGCAGGGAUGCCCGGAAUGCAAGCUAAAGGAAAACAGAUACUUCUCCAAGUUGGGUGCCCCAGUUUAUCAGUGCAUGGGCUGCUGCUUCUCCAGGGCGUAUCCCACUCCAGCAAGGUCCAAGAAGACAAUGUUGGUCCCAAAGAACAUCACCUCAGAAGCCACAUGCUGUGUGGCCAAAGCCUUUACCAAGGCCACCGUAAUGGGAAAUACCAAAGUGGAGAACCACACGGAGUGCCACUGCAGUACUUGUUAUUAUCACAAAUCUUAA